AUGCGCGCGACGCGACUGCUCCGCUUCCAGGUGGCCAUCGUCGGCCGGCCCAACGUGGGCAAGUCGACGCUCUUCAACGCGCUGCGCGACGUGCGGUCCGCGCGCGAGCGGCCCGCUCCGGGCGCCGCGUCGCCCACCGGCAAGAAAUCGCGGCAGCACCGGCUCCCGCCGACGGCGCAGCUCACGUCGCCCGUGGCGCGGACGACGCGGGACGUGCGGUCCGCGCCCGGGCGCCUCGGCGACCUGCGCUUCGAGGUCGUCGACACCGCGGGCCUCGAGGUCGGCGACGGCGCGUUCCGAUCCGCGCCUCCGCAGCGCGGCGCGUUCCCGGGCAUGCCCGCCGUGCUGCGCGACCUGACGGCGGGCUGCGUCGCGAACGCGGACGUCGCGCUCGUCGUCCUCGACGGCGCCGCGGGCGUCACGGGCGACGACCACGACGUCGCGCGCUGGCUGCGCACCGCGGCGGGCGACGUGCCGCGGCUCGUGCUCUUCAACAAGAUGGAGAACGACCGGCAGGUCGCCGCCGCGGACCUCGCCUUCGCCGAGACGCUCGCGCGCGCCGCGCCGCUGUCCGUGUCCGCGGAGCACGGCGACGGGCUGCCCGACGUCCUCGACGCGCUUCGAGCGUUCGCGGCCGCGGCGCCGUCGACCGAGGAGGACGAGUUGCUCCCGUCGCUGGACGACGAGGUGCGCGUCGCGCUCGUCGGGCGGCCCAACGUCGGCAAGUCGACGCUCGUGAACGCGCUCGCGCGGUCGAACGUCGCCGUCGCGGCGCCGGAGCCGGGCGUGACGCGCGACGCCGUCGAGUGCGCCGUCGACGUCGCCGGGCGGGCCGUGCGCCUCGUGGACACGGCGGGCGUGCGCCGCGUGUUGGAGGGGACGACGUCCCGGGCGUCCAAGGACGCCGUCGAGGAGCGCGCCGCGCGGUCGACGGAGCUCGAGGUCGGCGGCCGCUGCGACGUCGCCGUCUUCGUCGUCGACUGCUCCGGCCCCCUGCGCCGCGACGACCUGCGCCUCGCGCGCCACCUGUCCGAAGCGCGGCUCCCCGUCGUCGUCCUGGCGAACAAGGUCGACGCGUACCGCGCCGGCGGCGCCGUCCUCGCGGGCCGCGGCGCCAACGCCCCGAGCGGCGACGCGGCGCGCGCCACGGCCAAGGACGUCGAGGACGGGCUGCGGCGGUCGGAGCUGCGCUUCCUCUUCGACGCGACGAACGCGCCGAUCGUCGCGUGCUCCGCGCUCGAGUCGCCCGGCCGCGCGCGGCGCGCGCUGCGCUUCGCGUUGAAGGCCCACGACGCCAACGUCGCCAAGCGCGUCUCCACGGGCGCGCUCAACACCUGGUUCCGCGACUUCCGCCGCGGCCCGCGCGGCGAGGCGUUCGCCGCCGUGCGCUAUCUGGCGCAGGUCGGCCACGCGCCGCCGACCUUCGCGCUCUUCGGCCGCAACCUGGACGCCAAGCUCAAACCCAAAAUCCGGGAGACGCUCGCGGCGGCCAUCGGCGCCGACUUCGGCUUCCGCGGCGCGCGCGUCGCGCUCAUCCUCCGCGGCGGCGGCGCGGGCGCGCUCGGCGCCAAGGCGCGGAAGCGCGCCGGCGGCACCGCGGCGGCCCCGGAGGAGCCGGGGCGACGGAGGCGGGCGGCGCGGCGCGGUAGGGGGCGGUAG